AGAGCAGUUGCAAGUACAUUUGAAGGCGCUACUGUGUAGCGGUCGACACAGCAGCCAGGGAAUGGUCACGAUGAUGACCACCACGACAAAUGAGCUUUCCACAUAAGCUCCGAAGCGGAUUUUCCUAUAAAAGCAUUGGGGUAAAAACUGUCUGCGCAAAAACUCAGUAACACGAGUGUCGGGUAAUAAUUUUAAGGAAAAUUUCGAGUUUGAUUGACGGAUAUUUUGAGUGGACGGUAUUAUUAUCAUAAAUAUGUUUAAAUAAUAUAACAAUACGUAAAUUGAUUAGUGUUUGUGAGUGUGUGCUGUGUGGGUGUUUGUGUGACAAUUCGUAAAGACCCGCGCCAUCUUCGUGCCCGAGAUUGGCCUUUCCGAGUUCAGUGUGUGCUAUUAGACAUUGUUCUAAUAAAACACAUACACGAACACACAUAUGUGCAAUACGAUAAAAAAUUAUUGAUAUAAUACAUAGAGUUACCAGUGAUGUCAUUUUAUUUUUAUUCCAAUCUACAGAACUCUGUAGAUCGCCGUUAAAAAUUCAUGUAAAAAAGUUUCAAACACGCAAGUAAAAACUUAUUAAUAACUAAAAUAUUAAAUGAAUAUCCAUAAUGUGUCAAGUUAAGAGCUUCGAUUUAUCUAAAAAUAAUAAAAAAUUGUCGUCUGAUAAAUUAACUAUUUUAGUUUUCGAACCCUGGAGUUUUUUAUUCGGAGCUGCAUCAGCUUGGACUUGUAAUUACCCAAUCUACCGGUGUUACGUAAAAUAAAUAAAAAGAAAAACAAAGUACAGGAAAGUUAUUUAAGGAAUUAAUGUAUCAAGAUAAAUGAUCUGGAACUGGAGAACGGACUUGCACCCAUCAACGGGAAAUGAUUACUCGGUAAUACACUUUAUAAAACUAUUACUUUGUGACAGUGGUAGUUGUAACUUUAGUUGUAACAGUGUAAUAAUAUUAAGUGGUGGUGAUAGCGAGGAUGGUGAUGGUGACGGGGGUGGCGGCGGUGCCGGUCGUCCUGAUACAUUCAUUAGACAACAGAGAUAUUAUCUAUCCAAAGGUUUUUUGACAUCUCAAUUAUAUGGGCAUUACUUGAUCAACAUACAGCUCAUGUGAUAAGACAACGGUCCAGUCUUAGAGCUCGAAAUUCCGGCAAAUAAAUAAUAAUAUUAAUAAUAAUAAUAAUAAUAACUUGUUAUUAUUAUUAUUAUUAGUAAUAAAAGCGAUAGAGUUAAGAGAUUAUUUGAGAAAUUUGAUAGAGUAUGAUGGUGAUGCUGCUGCAACGUCUUACCGCCCCACAGUCGACAUACUCUUUGGAAAAUAAGACUAAUUAUUUGUGCGAUUAUUUUGAAAAACAAGAUAAUAAUAAUAAUAUUAACGAUAAUACUAUUAAUAAUAAUAAUAAUAAUCAGCAGUUACUGCUACAGCAAAUUUGCUGUGACAACGAGUUUAAUCCAACUGAUAUAAUUAAACCAAUUGAUAAUUCGCAUUACUGUAAUAAUAGUUAUAAUAAUAAUAUAUACAGUGAUAAAGAUAAAUUACGACGUACAAGCGUUUGCUAUCACAACAAAACUGUAAUUACUAAUAAUAAUAACAAAAAUAAUAGUAGUAAUAAUAAUAAUAACAACACUUAUAACGACGAAGACACUGAAGACGACCAACAAUUAUUGGCACGAGAUAAAUUUCAAAACAAAAGACAUCAAGAGACAAUUAUAACAAACAGUUUAACAACCGCGUCGACGACAACCGCAGGCACAACAAUAACAGGCACAUCCUCCGCGGCAUCAGCAGCAUCUGCUGCGGGUGCGGGUACGACGACGUCCUCGUCGGCCUCACAAGGACGUUUUUGUCCUCCUGGUCAAGGUGUCGCGAUGCGAUAUUAUCGAUUAUGGAUAUACGCUUGUAAUAUAGUUCUUCUUGGAAGUGCUCUCGGUUUGGCAGCAGCGGUUGCUCGUACUCUGGUAUUUACCGGUGAUCCACGUCGGUAUUUAAUACCCGGGGUACCGCGGGCACUGGAUCCAACGGCAUUGUACGCUUAUCUCGCCCUCGCCACACAAUUGGGACUCGUACAAUUACUCGGUUGCAUUGCCGCAAGACGUCUCAGUGCACGGCUCCUCAAUGCCUAUUGGAUACUCCUGCUUGCGCUGCUGUUCGGUGAUACCAUUAUCGGGGUGGCUUGGAUAUUUCGGUUCGAGAGAAUACGAGCGGAAUUACGACCUAGUUUGAGAUUGAGAUUACAAUUGGAGUACGGGAGAGAUUUACGGUUCAGCGAUCAGUGGGAUCAAUUACAGAGGGAUUUUUCUUGUUGCGGUAUUGUUGGACCGAAUGAUUUUGAUGGCCAGUUCAGUUAUCCAGACACGUGUUGUCCAGUUGUCGAAACAAUUAUCAAGGACACUAUCACAGCGACGACUGUUUUUGACAGUAAAACCAAUCAAGGAAAUAUAAUAUACAACAUUAAUGAUACAAACAUUAAUAUCGUUGGAAUUGGUAGUAAUAAUGAUGAUAAUAACAACAAUGUUGGAGACGAAGGUGGUGGUGGAUGUCAACAACCAUUCGCUAAUGGCUGCGAGGAGUAUUUGAUGAACUGGUUGAAAAAAACAGCGGAUUUUUUAUUUGUCCUCGGCUACUGCGUAAUGGCAUUUGCGAAAUUAUGUUUCCUUGGAAUUCUCCGAUACGAGAUAAGGGAGAUGAUACAAAAGAUAAAGUUGCUCAGAGAACCACCGCCGCCUGCAACAUCAGCGUACAUUCAAUCACUAUGUCAGCCAAUUCACGCACCACCGGCAAAUACCGCAGCGACAACAGCCGCUACGACAACAAUUACAGCUUUGACAGCAGCAACCGCGACCAAUACAACGACAAUGAUGAUGAUGACUGGCUCUGAUCAAAGGGGAUCAUCCGCUGGUAGCUGCGGUGCUGGUGACAAUGCUGCGGCAAUGGCAUCAAUCACAGGUAACAACAAUAUACCUCAACUGCCACCAGCUCAACAGCUAGUUAAUUACCAUCACCAGGACUACCCGACUAGUAAUAAACACUCAUUUUUGUACACAAGCAACAUCCAGCAGCAGCAAGACACCGGAGCCGACAGCGAUACCAACAGCCACUGUGCUCUGAUACUCGAGGAAUCGUCAACCCCAACACCCCCGGUGACCCAGCGCAGCAAUUGCCAUCAUCCGCUGAUCACCAGCAUGCGUGACAACAGCAAAAACAAAAACAAUGGUAACAAUAAUUACGAAAUGCGCGAAUUCAACCGGCGGUAUCUGAUAUCAAAUGGUGAUGCCUCGAGUCCCCAAAUCGCCAGUAAUCCCGGUGUAAAAAUCAUCAGUCAAAACAAACGAACUUGACUAUGGAGAUGGUGCCGGGAAAUUUUUAAUCGUUUUUUUUACAGAACUAAUAGACCUGUCGAGCUUGCUUCGAGCUUUCACAAAUAGAUUAACAUAAAUAAUUAAUUAAUAAUAACAAUAAUAAUAAUACAUAUAAUUAAUCUUUGUUUUUUUUUUAAUUAUUUUCUUUCUUUUUUUUUGUAAGUGAAAGUGAUUGUAAAAAAAUAAAUGAUAAAGACUGAGAAUUUUUGCGACGGAUUCGAUUCUAUCGAUUAUAAAUAAUAUUGCAGGGUAGUGAUUAUUAUAAAUUUUAUUUAUGAGUGUGAGUAGCAGACAUCAGACAAAUUUAAACUUAUAAAUAAAUAUAGUAAAUAAUUAAUAAAAUAAAAUUUAAAAAAAUACAUAUACUUAAUUUUGAAUUGUCUAAACAUGUAUUUUUUAUUUUUAUUUUAUAAACAUUUAAAUUUAUUUAAAAAUUUAAAAAAUUAUCAGAUGUCCGCUAACUUUACUAUCUACAUUCACACUCAUAUUUACUUAUAAAUUUAUUUGUGAUGAUUUACUUAUUUUUUAUUAAUUAUAUAUAUAAAUAUUUAAGAUGAUAAUACUAGUGUAUAGUGAUUCUGAGGUGAAUAAAGUGAAUAGUAUAAAGUCAUUACUAAAAGAUAUUACUGCCAAGUCGCGGCUUCCAAAAAAACCGCGCGCGGAAACUUACACAUGUCUCCAGUGUCGCGUAUAGUAGUCGGAAAUACAAAAGUUUGAAAGAGUUUAGUUAAAUAUCAUGUAAAAGUUAUUUUCACCUCAUUGUCUUUAUUAUUGAGAACGACCAAAAUUAAUAUAUAUUAAAUAUAAGAAUUUAAAUUAUAAUUGCGCAAAUAAAAGUUGAUUAAAAAAAACAUUAUAAUUAUAUAAUUGAUGAUGCUUACGAAACUAAUUUUAGACAUGUGCGUACUGAAAGCUUUAGUUAAUUUAAGCAAGUGUGAGAGAAGAGAGUUCCUUAUAUAAAUAAAUUUGUUUGUGUAAAUAAUUGCUGAACAAGGCUCAUACACUAAACCAAAAUUGUAUAAAAAAAAGUAAAAAAAGAAGAAGAAAAUUUAAAAAAAAAAAAAAAAGAAAUUUAAGUACAGUAAUGUAGAUAUGUUUGUAAUUCAUAUUCUUCUACGUAAAAAAUAUAAAUGAAAAUGAAAAAUAAAAAACAAUAAUUGCGCGCGGAAAUUUUUGCGACAAGGCUGCGCUUUAUUGUUGAUUAUUAUUUGAAAUUUAGUUUUUUAAAAUUUAUCGCGAUAUGUAUAGAACAUCUCAUUGUAAAAGAAAAGUAUGAAGCUGUUUAAAAAUAGUUAUUUAGACUAAACCAUUCCAUGGAAGCUUUAAUCCCUGCCGUCAUUCGUAAACAGAUAGUACUUAGCUACUUUACGCACCCAAAACAAUAAAAAGAAACACUUAAAAUGUAAUGAGUAAAAUGAGUACUUAAUAAAACAUGAGAUGGGAGCUUUGAAUAUAGUGCCUGCUUUAUAAAUAUAUGAUAUUUAAAAAUAUAUAUUAAUGUUAUGAUAGUUUUACAGAAUGCGGUCUAUUUAAAGUAGAAAUGUAAUAACAAGAUCAAUAAAAAUGCUAUAAUAUGUAUAUGUAUUGUACUUGUGUACGAUCGUAAAACAAAAAUUGUGUAAAUCUUAAAAUAAGCUUAUAUAAUUAGUAUAUAUUUGGAUGUAUGUAAGUAUGUAGAGACGAAUGUAUAAAUAUAUGAGUGUGGAAAACGUCAACCAUCAAUAAUAGAGAAAUUAUCAAGACUGCUUUCUUAUAUCCUUGCUUUGCUUUUAUAUAUAUACAUAUAUAUAAAUAUAAGUAUAUAUAUUUAUAUCUAUGAAUUUAUUAAGUGCGCGGUUUAAACAUCACACUCAUUGCGCGUAUGAUACCGAGUGUUGUGAGUACACUGUAAAAAAUUCCGAGUGAAUUUGAAUUUUAUUUGAAUCCGAUUUCUCUCCGCGGAGUUAAAAAAAAUCACUCUGCGUACGGAGUAAAUACGGAGUUUAGUUUAUCAGUGGAGUGAUUUCCCAGUGAUCUGGAUUCCGAGGGAAUUAAAUAAAUAAUCAUCUUCUUCGCAUUCACUCCGAAUUCAAUUCGCGUUCACUCGGUAAAUUUUUUGCAGUGUAAGAUUUGAAAAAAAAUAAUUGCUCCAAUACUGUACUUAUUAUAAUGGUGAUGAUGCUAGUCAUGUAAAAACUAACGUAUGCGUGUAAGUCGAUUAAUAUUAAUCUCGAUUAUAUGAAUAAUAUAUAUAAUAAUAAUAAUAAUAAAUAAAUAAUUCGUUAUUUAGUAU